GAAGAUAAUUGUUUAAGAUGUGGGAAUUGAACCAGUCCCUUAUUAGUUAUUAGUUUAGAAGCGCGCCGCUUCGUCUCUGUUUUUCCUUUCCCAAGUUUCCAACUUUCCUUCUCUGAAGUAACAAUCUCAAUCUCAAUCUCAACCUCAAACUUCUCUUUUUAUCCUUGUUCUAUAAACGUUUCGUUGAGUCAAACUUCUUGUCUGGUUCUUUAAUUCUUUACAAGCAAAACCAAGUUCUGUUUUCUUCUAAAGUCUUGUAAGAAAGGACUUCUCUUUUCCUCAACUUUGAACCCAAAACAGAACUUAUCAUAAAUACUUCUCUUUUUCUUUUUAUAUAAAGGAAAAGUAUCAUCAUCAUGCGUGCUAGAUUGGUGGUGUUCCCAAUUAAAGGGAAAAACUGGUGCUUUAGCAGAUCCAUUGACCUGUCUACAUCAGAAUCUUCCGCUGCUAGCACACCUUCCACUGUUAAAGAGCUUUGCAAGAAGAUUUCAUCCAAUUCCAAGCCCCUCAGUGCCAAUGCUGAGCUUCUUGUCGAUUUCAUUUCCAACAAGAUGAAUAAGGCUUGGAUCGGGUUAGAAAAGGCGCCUGAGGGCAGUUUCAAAAACAAGCUACAUGGGUUGGGGUUGCGGCUUUUAGCUCGAGUUAAACCAUCUGAGAUUUUGUUGAAAUCUAUUACCAAAGACGUUACUAAUGUACAGAUUACUUACCCCACAAGUUUAAAUGCACGACAUGUGCGGCGAAGAUUACGGCAAAUAGCCUUGAGGGGUACUGUUUUACACAGGAAAUACUUUUAUGGUUCGGUUUCAUUGCUUCCAUUGACUACUGCAUUUACUGUUCUGCCUCUGCCUAACAUUCCAUUCUUUUGGGUCUUGUUUCGCACAUAUUCGCAUUGGCGGGCUCUCCAGGGAAGUGAGAAGCUCGUUCAGCUAGUCUCCGAUUACUCCUUAGUUCAAAAAUCAAUUAUUUUGAGUGGGAAGGGGAAUGAAUCGGAGCAUAAUGAUUCGAAAUGUGUAACUAAGAAUUCACCAAGUUCCCAAUGGGUGUUGGAGCCAUCGAAGGAAUUGGAGGACCUUAUUAACCGGGGACAUGAAGAAAAUUAUCUUAGUGAGCAAGCUAUCUCAGAUAUAUGCAAUAGUUUUAGUUUGAACAAGAACGAUGUUUUGAAGUGCAGAGAUUUAGUGUAAUUGACACUUUCAAUGCAGUAUUGCAGAAUGAAUUGCCCAAAAGAAACAGAGCACUUAGAUGAAGAUGACAUUCAUAUUAUAUUAACAUCUAUGUAUGUUCAUUUUUAUAUUUGAAGACACUUUGGGUUAUAGAAAUUAUGAAAUUAUAUAUUGUUGGAAGCCAAGAGUAGUCUUAUUCAACAAAUAA